GCGGCAGGCGAUACAAACUGGCAGCCGCCAUGUUGUGUCUCCGGGGGCCCGGAGCGACGUCCGUUAGUAAACAGUAGAUGACGUUACCGCCCGCUCGGCAGUUCACAGGAAGCGGACCGCAGCUGGAAGAGAUGAGCCGUCCGUCCUCAGCCGGAGCCGGAGCCGGAGCCGGAGGACUCGGGGCCGGGAAAGCAGGCGGAGGAAAGCACGGGGGAUCGGGAGGCGCCGCGGCCGCCGCAGCAGCAGCCGCCGCGGCCGCAGCAGCGGCAGUGGCCGCCGGUGUGAGCUCCGUGGCCGGGUCGGGGUCUGCUACCCCUUCCUCCGCGGUGUCCCUGACCUCGGCCGGGCUGCCCGGGCAGUCCCCGGAGCUCACGGCGCUGUUUGAGUGCCCGGUAUGCUUCGACUACGUGCUGCCGCCCAUCCUGCAGUGCCAGGCGGGUCACCUGGUCUGCAACCCGUGCCGCCAGAAGCUGAGCUGCUGUCCGACCUGCCGAGGCCCGCUCACCCCGAGCAUCCGGAACCUGGCCAUGGAGAAGGUGGCGUCCACACUGCCGUUCCCCUGCAAGUACUCGUCGGCCGGCUGUCUGCUGACUCUUCACCACAGCGAGAAGCCCGACCACGAGGAGGUGUGUGAGUUCAGGCCGUACACCUGUCCGUGUCCCGGAGCCACCUGCAAGUGGCACGGCUCGCUGGAGGCCGUCAUGCCUCACCUGAUGCACGCACACAAGUCCAUCACCACGCUGCAGGGUGAAGACAUCGUGUUCCUGGCGACGGACAUCAACCUGCCGGGCGCCGUGGACUGGGUGAUGAUGCAGUCGUGUUUCAGCCACCACUUCAUGCUGGUCCUGGAGAAGCAGGAGAAGUACGAAGGCCACCAGCAGUUCUUUGCCGUUGUGCUGCUCAUCGGCACCCGCAAGCAAGCAGAGAACUUCGCCUAUCGCCUGGAGCUCAACGGCAACCGACGGCGGCUCACCUGGGAGGCCACGCCGCGCUCCAUCCACGAUGGGGUGGCGGCUGCCAUCAUGAACAGCGACUGCCUGGUGUUCGACACCUCCAUCGCCCAUCUGUUUGCCGACAACGGUAACCUGGGGAUCAACGUCACCAUCUCCAUGUGCUGAGGGAGCGGAAGACGGACAUCAUAACGGAGGAUCAGUGUGGGAGAAGUUGUGUGGUUACAGGGACUCCUGUGCGUCCUGCGGCGUCCGUGGUACAGCUGGCUGUGCCGCUGGAGUCGUUUGUUAGCAAAAAACAUUUGAAGCCGUUUAAAGUGCUGAGAGACAACUUCUCAAACAACUCAGCCACAGAAGGCCGGCCCCGCCCCGUGUGAUGUCUGUGUUUGGUCUUUGACGAGUUACGGGACCGAACGGGUCGUCCCUCGAUUUGGCGCCAGAGGAAAAGUGGAAGAAAUCUCCACCAGCGAAGAGGCCUCAGUCCUUCUCGAACCGAUGGAUAAGAGGUCGGGCCUAAUGCUUCAACCGCUGCCUGCCCGGGCCGGAACAUCUGGGCUGCACAGAGACCGAGCCGAGUUUAUUCUCCUGAGCGGGAAAGAUUCUGGUCCCAUCAGAGGAAACCAGAGCAACCCCACGAACCCGACGUGUUCACAAUAUUCUGAUCUUUGCCGUUAUGAUUUCAGCGGGUCUACAGCGUUCACCAGCAGAGUCCGAAUGAACCACAACUGUUGUUUCCAGCUGCAGCGGUUAAAUUGGCUAGCUUACAUUAGCUUAUUGCAGAUAUAUGUGUACAGCUUCACUCAAACUAGAGCUUGCCUGCUAGCUUAACAGUUAGCAACCAAAGAUGUGAUCGCUAAACUGCCCUGUAGCUUUUAAAAUAACCCACUGACAGAAAAAAAAGCAAAACCUCAUUUUAUCUCAUGUUCUCGACAACUACGAAUAAAAUGUGUUUUAGUCAAUGUUUGAAUUAUUAGAUAGAAAUAUAUACAUUGGUCGACUUUAACUCCUGAGUGUGAGUGUGCAUGUCAGCUGAUACGUAAUCAAACUGUAGAUCAGGGUCGGGCGAUAUGUUAACAACCGGCGUGCGUGAGCUGCGCCACCCAGUGGUUUUAAACUCGGAGAUGAGCGGCGAGUUCGUGACAAGCUCUCUGAGCUUUAAUAGACUAAAUAGACUCGCAAAAUAUAAAGAAAGCUAAUAUUAUAACGCCUGUUUUCCUCAUUAAACACUCGCUUCAAACAAUCGCUGACUCUUGGAUAAAUUAGAGAAUAGAAAAUAUUCUGUUGCCGCCGUGUCUUCGCCGUGCCUGGAGUCAGAGUCCUGGUUUGAGCCUCUGUACUGUUGUCAUCAUCAGAACUGGUCCAAAUAAACCCUUAAUUCACCGAGAUAAAUGUGGUAAUAUUCUGUCUCUACUGCUGUGUUUCCUCUCACUCUUUCUUCAGCUCUCAUUCUCCUUUAAUUAGCUAAAUGAAGUGACGCCCAACUCUAGUGUCUCCAUUACGGUUGGUCCACCGCUGAGCUCUAUUUCAAAAUAAAAUAUCUUAAUUAGCAUCUUGGCAAAGAUACAUUAUUUUUCAGGAUAACCCAUACUGUACAUUUCUAACAUAAAACUUUGGGUUAGUCAACAUUUCCGGGUUUGCGUUACUGGUGAGUCGACUAUAUUGAAUCACCUUGAAACACAUCCUUCACAAACGUGAGUAGAAAAUAAAAAUAAAUACAGAAUAAAAGCUGUGAUCCGACUCCAAAGACCUCGACCGCGCUGCUUUAAACGCUGCUGGCAGUUAAAGUGAAGCAGAAUAAUGUGAACACGACUCAGCAGUGGGGCUGAGUGGAAGGUCGCCGGUUCAAAUCCCAGCAGCGGUCUGAGAAGGCCGACUGCGACUGUGCACUUCGGUCCACUGCGGGCUCGUCUCUCGCGCGUCGGAGGUCGGCGUUCGACCUCCGCGGGAACUGGCUGAGCGUUGGAAUCCAGUUAAUCCUCAGACUUUCUUUAAUCUCAGAUAAAAGCAGUGAAAUGGAGGAAUAAUCCUCCCAUCCCUCUUCCUGCAGUCUGUUUAGCCGCCAGCGCCUUACUUUUCUACCGCCAACCUCCUCUUCUUCCCGUUGGUGCUGAUGUGAUUCACCUGACGUCGAUGAAAACUGCCCAGGGAAACACAACCGAGACUGUUUUGCAGAACUGAUGUAAGAAAAAUGUAUUUUAAAAAAACUGCUUUCAGUGACAUUAUUAUUACCUUUUGAAAGCUCAUGUGGCAUUGUGGGUAAAAAAAAAAAAAGAUUUCCCAACAUUCCUUGUCUCUAAAACCUUUGUAGCAACUGACCAGGAAGAAACCAACUUCACUAGAUACCUCUGACCACACUCGUCUGUAACUGAACCGUAAACCCUCAGACCUCCGCGGCGUUUCCUCCGUGUUUGUUUACGGAGAAUAAAACCGCCUCCACCUCCGACGGACACGAUGUUUAAAUGUUAAUAAAUCAGAUCCAUUUAACCAACAAUACAAGAAACUAAAGGUUGAAAGUCGUAUAAGUUCAUAAGUAACUUUAUUUACACGUUUGCUAACGAGCUAACUGCUCGUGUGGAACGGAUUAAUAAUUAUUUCUUUGAUUUUUCUGACAAUUGGAAACAAAACUUUUGUCUACAACAGGGGGAAGUUAUACUAACGUAAGCUAGUUGAAGUUGAGCUAACAUGAACAACCAAACUAACUAAUUUUCUCUCGCGUGUCAAUCCCCAAUUUGUUGUCUAUUGCUAGCUAGCUAAUUAACCUCUUGGCUAGAACACAUUAGCAUUUAUUUUCUAAUUAAUUAACGAAUCGUUAACAAGCUACAGACAACUGAAUAUUAAUGAAACUACUUUUACAAGUUUACUGUGACAAAAAUGAAAAACCUGAUUAACUAGUGUCUUUAUAGAUAACAUUAUUGAUAAUGUUAUUGAUAACAUUAUUGAUAAUGUUAUUGAUAAUAUUAUUGAUUUUACUGUUGUCGGUGGUCAAAUAAGGAAUUUUUUGCUGCAUCAGAAACCUUUAAAGCAGCAUUAAUUAAAAUAAGAUCCAUAAUGAUCCUAAAUGCUUUAUUUUGACGUUCAGGGUGUUUUAAUCUGGUUGUUUUCUGAUGUUACAGUAUAAAGGUUAUUAAUAACACAGAGGAAACGCCGCUCUCUGAUAAUCACUUCCACUUUACAACCCGCCGACUUUCUAUGAAAUGUUUGAAAAUAUUGUAAAUGAAGUUAUAAUGACUAUAUAUUUUCUAAAAACUACAGACUGCUGCGUUUAUUCCUCGUGCUCACUUUGACUUGUAUUUGUGUUGGCGUUUGUUCGGCUGUACAGAGGUUUUGAAAGUAAUUUUUUUUUUAAAGCUGUUUUCUGACAUUUGUUGUGAAUUCUCCGGUUCUGCUGCUGUAGUUUGUCACACCUCAAACAUCUGUACUGAUGGGAAGGAAACAAACUACUCUUCACUUUUUAUUCACAAGAGGUCCUGGAUGAAAUCUCUCAGUACAAAAAUGAGCCACUGUUAGAAAAUAUCUGCUUCUGAGAACGUAAUAACUGAAGGACAACUACGACUCCCAGGGUGCAUCUCACUAACAAACAUCCAAUCAGAGCUUCACAUUCUGUUAAAUGUGCUGCAGACGGCGAGUUUGAGCCUAAAAAGUACAAAUCUGAUCAAAUAUUCAGCAGUUUGGAUCCAUUUGACAUUAAGUAACCAAUAUCUCCAUAGCAACAGCAGCUGAGGCUCAUGGGAAGUGUAGUCCACCACACAGAGGGAAAAUAACCUGUAAAAUACAGUAUUUACUGUUCUGAAGUUACAUCAUCGAACUGUGAUCGGACCUUUGUUCUGUGUUCUGCUCGGUUCUGUGACGUUUCCAUAAUAAAUGGGUGCAGUUUG